CGCCGUUACACAGCAUGGAGUUGUUACCGGAAUCCCUGACAGUUCACGAUGUGGCCGUGGACUUCACCUGGGAGGAGUGGCAGCUCCUGGGCCCCGAGCAGAAGGACCUGUACAGGGAUGUGAUGUUGGAGACGUACAGCCACCUGGUGUCAGUGGGUUGUGAGGCCACCAAACCAGAUGUACUUUCCAAGUUGGAUCACAGGGAAGCACCAUGGACAGUGGCAGGUGAACUCCUCUGUGGAACCUGUUCAGAAAUCUGUAAACAUGACGAUAAUCUGCCGGAACACUUACAAAAUGAAAGCCUAGAACAAUGGCAUCAACGUAACACCUGUGAAAAUACCGCCCAUGAGAGCACAAACCGUUCUCUGUUAGGACAAAAACAUAUGUUUGACUCACAUGGAAAAAAUAUGAAAUCAGAUUUUUCUUUACUUAACCGGAGGAGAAACUAUGAAAUCAAGACGCCCACUGAGUAUUCUAAAGCUGGACAAUCCUUUCUCCAUGCUAACGGUGAACAAUUUCAGGCUGAAAUGAAAUUUCACAAAAGCCAAAAACUCCUCAACACUGAGUCCCAACUCGUCAAACCUCAGAAACCUCAGAAAAGAGAGAAGGCUCACGUAUGCAGUGACUGUGGGAAAGCCUUCAAGAAGAAGUCUUGCCUCACUGGUCACCAGGUCAUUCAUACAGGUGAGAAGCCACAUCAAUGCAGGGAGGACGGGAAAGCUUUCUCCAGAAAGUCCAUGCUCACUGAACGCCAGAGAACACACACAGGGGAGAAACCUUAUAAAUGCUCUGAAUGUGGCAAAGCAUUUCUCAAAAAAUCCUUACUCAACAUACAUCAGAGAACACACACAGGAGAGAAGCCCUUCACAUGCACUGAGUGUGGAAAAGGCUUCACCCGGAACGGCGACCUCGUUGUACACAGGCGGAUUCACACGGGGGAGAAACCUUGUAUCUGCAAGGAAUGUGGGAAAGGCUUCAUCCGGAUGAGCAAUCUCACUGUACACAGGCGAAUUCACACGGGGGAGAAGCCUUAUAUAUGCAACGAAUGUGGGAAAGGCUUCAUCCAGAAGGGCGAUCUCAUAGCACAUCAGAGGUUUCACACAGGAAAGACCCCCUUUGUGUGCAGCGAGUGUGGAAAAUUCUUCUCCCGGAAGUUAAGUCUCAUUAAACAUCAAAGAAUUCACACGACAGAGAGACCCUAUACCUGCAACACGUGUGGGGAAGCUUUUGCCUACGUGUCUACCCUUGUGACACAUAAAAAAAUACACCCAAGAGCAACUCAUGGUGGCCCAGUCAAGGCGAUACUUCCUCGCUCAGAGAGUCCCCGCUCAUCACAGACCAGUGUUGCCCUGCAGGAGAUAAACCUUGUUGAUACGGUGACUAUGCCGGGGCCUUCUGUGGUCCCUCCGACAGUAUUAAACAUGAGUGGGCCUCUAGCAAACAGGAAUGUAGUCACCGUGGGUGAGCCUGAGGCCAGAGGUACACAGGACAGAAACCUUCUGAAUGCAGUGAGUGUGGUCUCACCGUCAGUGACCAAUUAUGUGUUACUUUAUGUCAUAGGCGUCCAAGUGCCCGCAAAGGAGAUCAUUUCAGCAGCUUCUCACCCGACCGCCAUCCCUGGCUACGUGCAUGCAAUUCGCAGCUGUAGCAUCUGUACGGCAGUCAGGCGUCCCAACAUGGCGGCCCCCAAGGGCCCCCGCUGCGUGGGCGCGGCCAUCUUGCCCCUGAACGCACGGAAAACGUACGGGAAAACUCAGAAAAUCACGCCGUUACACAGCAUGGAGUUGGUACAGGAACCCCUGACAGUUCACGAUGUGGCCGUGGACUUCACCUGGGAGGAGUGGCAGCUCCUAGGCCCCGAGCAGAAGGACCUGUACACGGAUGUGAUGUUGGAGACCUACAGCCACCUGGUGUCAGUGGGUUAUGAGGCCAGCAAACCUGACAUACUUUCCAAGUUGGAUCACGGAGAAGCACCAUGGACAGUGGCAGGUGAACUCCUCUGUGGGAUCCGUUCAGAUAUCUGGAAACUUGAUGACCAUCUGCCAGAGCACGUACAAAAUGAAAGCAUGGAGAAUAGCCUAGAACAAUGUCACAAAAAUAAGUUAUUUGAAAAUUGUGACUAUGAAAUCAAGGAGCCUGGUGAACUUCCUGAAGAUGGGAAAUCUUUUUCCCACGUUAACAGUAAACAGUUUCAGACUGAAAUGAAAUUCCUGGAAAACCAGAAACUCGUCAACACUAAGUCCCAACUCAUUAAUUAUAAGAAACCUCAUAAAAGAGAGAAGGCUCACGUAUGCAGUGAAUGUGGGAAAACCUUCAUAAGUAAGUCUUUGCUCAGUGAUCACCAGAAUCUUCAUACAGGGGAGAAGCCUCAUCAAUGUAGUCUGUGUGGGAAAAGCUUCUCCAGAAGGGUCGCACUGAACAAACACCGGAGAUCGCAUACAGGAGAGAAACCUCAUCCAUGUACAGAGUGUGGCAAAGGCUUUCUCACGAAGUCAGAGCUCAAGAAACAUUACAGAAUACAUACAGGAGAGAAACCCUUUGUAUGCAGUGACUGUGGGAAACGCUUUAUCCAGAAGAGCAACCUCAAGGUACAUGUACGAAUUCAUACAGGUGAGAAACCUUAUAUAUGCAACGAAUGUGGAAGAGGCUUCAGCCAGAAGAUAUCGCUCACGACACAUCAGAGAUUUCACACGGGAAAGAAACCCUUUUUGUGCAGUGAAUGUGGAAAAUCCUAUUCCCAGAAGACAGAUCUCAUUAAACAUGAAAGAAUUCACAGAGGAGAAAAACCCUUUGAAUGUAGUAACUCUGGGAAAACCUUUAUCAAGAAGCCACAGCUCACUGUACAUCAGAGAACUCAUACGGGGGAGAGACCCUAUGGUUGUAAUGAAUGUGGGGAAACUUUCAGAGCAAAAUCAGUCCUCAGUGAACAUCAGAAAAUUCAUUCAGUCAAGGUGGAACAUCCUCGCUCAGAGAUUCCCAGCUCAUCACAGACCAGUGUCGUCCUGCAGGAGAAAAACCUUGUUAAUACGGUGACUCUGCAGGUGCCCAUUGUGAUCCCUCAGACAGUAUUGAACAUCAGUGGGCCUCUAGAAAACAGAAAUGUAGUCAUCGUGGGCCAGCCUGUGGCCAGUUGUGCACCCUCAGGUGGAUUUGCACAGGACAGAAACCUUAUGAAUACAGUGAGUGUGGUCUCACCUUCAGUGAGCAAUUAUGUUUUAUUUUAUGUCACAGGAAACCAAUAAGAUAAAAUCCAGAGAUAUUCUGUGUGCAAAGAUUUGACCAAAAAUUUCUAGCUCAGCCCUACCCUGUUUGGCUCAUUGGGUCGGGCAUCAGCCAGCAGACUGAAGGGUCCUGGAUUCAAUUCCAGUCAAGGGCUUGAUCCUCAGUAGGGGGCGUACAGGAGGCAGCCAAUCAAUGAUUCUCUAUCAUCAUUGAUGUUUCUAUU